CACAAACACAGAGAAAGAUAUAAAACUGGCGGGCGGGCAUUUUUAUAUUUAAUUUAUGUUUCGAACUAAAAAAAAUCUUUUUAAUGAACACUUCAAUAAAUAAAGUCAAAUAUGUUUUCGCCUAAAAAAUGUUUAGAUGCUCCAAAUGAUUAUGAAUUUCCAUUUACUCCUUACGAAAUACAGAAGAAGCUAAUGGAAGCCGUUUACGAUACUUUGACCCAAAAGUCGAUUGGUAUAUUUGAGAGUCCAACAGGAACAGGAAAAUCAUUGACUUUAACAUGUUCUGUUUUGAAAUGGAUUGAAGAUCGUGAGAAUUUGGAGCGAAAAGAAUUGGCAGAACGUAUUUCCAACCUGGACAUAGAAGUUAAACGUAUUGGGAGUACAGUUGAUGUGGUGGAAGAUUGGAUAACUGCCAGCUAUGAAGCUACGGAGAAAAAGAAACAACUUGUCACCCACCGCCGUUUCCAAAAAUUAUUGCAGUUACAUCAUGAUACAUUAAAAGAAAUGUAUGAGCGUCAAAUAGAUUUUCAAAAAGAACGCCGGAAUAAUAAUUCGAAAAAAAUGGUAGUAGAAACCGAUUUAAACGCUGAGGAUAAAUUGACUGAUAUCGUURAUUGGGAUGAGCGCUCUGGGAAUUUUGAUAGGCAUGACCAAGAUAACCACAAUGAAGAAGAUAAAUAUCGUCCCAUUCAGGUAUUUUUCUGCAGUCGAACUCAUUCACAGCUAGCGCAAGUCGUACGAGAAGUAAAACGCACGCCAUACGGCCGAAGAAUACGAUGUGUGUCCUUAGCAUCCCGUCAGCAAUUAUGUAUAAAUCCGCUAGUGAAAAAAUUGCCUAACGUAAGUCUCAUGAACGAAAAGUGCUUAGAUCUGGUUCCAAAAAAUAAAGAAGGCAAAGAGAACGUAGGGACGAAAUGUUGUAAAUAUCGCAAAGUUAAUUUGAUGCAGAAUCUAAGCGAAACUGCUUUGUUUAAUAUAAUGGAUAUCGAGGAGUUGGKGAUGGAAGGUGAAUCAAUAAAUGCGUGCCCUUAUUACGCGGCAAGAGAAGCUGCGAAGUCAGCACAACUUAUAAUGCUCACAUAUCAAAUGCUUCUGCAUCGGCAGACGCGUCUCCAGGCAGGCAUCGAUUUGCGAGGUGCCAUUGUGAUUAUAGACGAGGCACACAAUUUGCUAGAUACAAUUGCUCAUUUGCAUAGCUGCGAAUUGACUUUGCAACAGCUAWUAUUAGUACAACAACAACUUACUACGUAUAAAAUGCGGUACUUAAAACGGUUCAGUGCAGUCAGUUUACUUAAAAUCAACCAACUGAUAUUCAUUGUAAAACGACUUGUAAAAAUACUGCAAACUGACGCACCUGUCUCUGCAGGAAAAAUGUUGCCAAUUUCUAGAGUUCUUCGCACAUACGAACUUACUGCAGAAGCUGAAUUUUAUAACAUCGACUUAUUUGCUUUACUACAGUUUUGUGAUAAAUCCCGACUUGCCCAAAAAUUGCAAGGGUUUUCCGAAAAGCCAGAUCUUUCAAAAGCAUCAGUAGAUGAACACUUGGAAAGUUCAGCUACAAAACAACUCCUUAAACAAAUUGAGACUUCACAACAAAAUAAUCUUAAGAAUAAAACUGCCUUUGAAAAAAUAGAUAAUGUAAAUAACGUAAAUAAUCAAAAAAGUUUAAAUACYGUAACACCAAAUAGCGCACCCUUCCGCGCUCUCCUCACGUUUAUUCAAUCAUUAACUGAAAAAGCGGAGGAUGGACGUGUUGUUGUAAGGGUCGAUGGAACUAGUGUUGUCAGCAACAGUACGCUUAAGUACAUUUUAUUAAAUCCUGGCGCCCACUUCGCGGAUGUUAUCCAAGAUGCUCGCUCUAUAAUUGUGGCUGGAGGCACAAUGCAACCGACCAGAGAAUUGACCGAGCAAUUAUUUAGCGCAUGUCCCAAUCGAGUUCGGGAGCAUUUUUAUGAUCACGUAGUGUCAUCCGAUGCAGUACUACCUCUAAUAGUUGCACAAGGACCAACAGGACGCCGUCUUUGUUUCAAUUAUACUGAGCGCAGUACUAAAGAUAUGCUUACCGAAUGUGGCAUGAUUAUUCAAAAUGUUUGCAAUGUAAUACCCGCAGGAAUUAUCUGCUUUUUUCCUUCGUAUGAAUAUUUAGACCUGAUAUAUAAUUAUUUGCAAAAGUGCGGCAUAUUGGAGAGAAUUGCGACGAAAAAACUUGUAUUUUCCGAGACUCGUACAGSUGAGGCGGCRGGCUCGUCGGUCGAUAAGCUUUUAAAUGACUACAGUGCGGCGAUAAAAGCGCAAAGUGGUGGUGGAGCGCUUCUUUUCAGCGUUGUCGGAGGAAAAUUAAGUGAGGGUCUUGACUUUGCAGAUGAUCUGGGAAGGUGUGUUAUUGUCGUGGGCAUGCCUUAUCCAAAUCGACAAUCUGUUGAGUUACAGGAGCGUAUGCGGUAUUUAGAUGAGACACUGGGCUCAGGCAACGGCAAUGAAUAUUAUGAGAAUCUUUGCCUGAAAGCGGUUAAUCAAUGCAUCGGAAGGUCUGUGCGGCAUAUCAACGAUUACGCUUGCGUUUUGCUUUUGGACGAGCGGUAUUGCAGGGCUGAUAUUCAAGCGAAGUUGCCACAGUGGAUAACACGUAGCUUGCAGAUUCCAAAAACUUUUGGCGCAGUACAAGCGGCAAUGGCACGAUUCUUUAAAAAUAUUAAAUCUAAAAAAUUGGAAACGGUAUAAUAUUAGAUAUAAUAAUCUUUAUCAGUAUUACAGUCUUAAUAUUACGUGUAAAAGCUGUAUUAUAGUAUUAUUCUUUAUAAAUUUUCGUAAUUUUCUUCGGUAAUUUUAUAUUGUUUUUUGUCGUUAUACUGUCUUAAAAUCAUUGAACAUUUUAAAGGAGAGAAAUUUAAYGGUAUUCAUUAUCAGUUCAUUUGUACAUGGAAGUAA